UCCCUCCCAGCUCCUCAUCAUUCCCAGCUCCAGUUGUACUGCCAGUGGAAGGGGCUGGCUAAGCACAGGGCUACAGAGCACAGCAGGCUGAUCUCUCUUCUCAGCCUCUCACUUCAGUAAGACAGGACCAUGUGCAGGGAACUCCUCAGCAGGCUACUUACACUGGGGCUGGUGUUCACAAGCCUUGAUGCAGCUUAUGGGACAGAUGCUACUGACCUGCCCGAGAGUAACCAGGACAGAGACAAGCUGGCUAAUCAGAAAGGAAGGCUCUCCCUGCAGAACACAGCUGAAAUUCAACAUUGUUUAGUCAACGCUGGAGAUGUGGGAUGUGGAGUCUUUGAAUGCUUUGAAAACAAUUCCUGUGAGAUCCGAGGUCUACAUGAAAUCUGCAUGACCUUCCUACACAAUGCCGGUAGAUUUGAUGCCCAGGGAAAAUCAUUCAUCAAGGAUGCCCUUAAAUGCAAAGCUCAUGGACUGAGACAUAAAUUUAGUUGUAUUAGUCGUAAAUGCCCUGCCAUUAAAGAAAUGGUGUACCAGCUCCAAAAGGAAUGCUAUGCCAAGCAUGACCUCUGCUCUGCUGCCAAGGAAAAUGUCCAAGUGAUUGUGGAGAUGAUUCACUUCAAAGACCUCCUGUUACAUGAGCCUUAUGUUGACUUGGUCAACAUUUUGUUGACCUGUGGGGAUGAGGUGAAAGAUGCAAUUACUCGUAGUGUUCAAGCCCAAUGUGCGCAGAACUGGGGAAGCCUUUGUUAUAUACUUAGCUUUUGCACCAGUGCUAUACAAGGAGAUGCUUCAGUAGGGUCGAGUGCCAGCCCAUCAAGAAAACAAGGAGAUUUAGUGAAAGGAGACACAGGAAAGUCCACUCGCAGUGAUUCUUCAUCUCUGUCUGAUCUGGAAAAAGAUACCAAAGCCACCAAAAGUGAAAAAGUUAACAAGCUACAACCAAAUAAUCGUGGAAAGAUAAGUUUCAAUAAAAUGAUGUUCAGUGCCACAGAGAGCUCUGAUAAACCGAUCGGUUUAACAGAUAUUCGGAGGUGAAACUGUCUUAUCCCCAGCCUUUUCCAUUCUCCUUCAUUGAAAAAUUGAUCAUAUCACCCAGUAUGGACAUUCCAAGGCAUUUAUUAUAUAUGAGGGCAAUGCUUUGCCUGCAGUUCAUUCUCAUUUCCUGAAGCAUUACCCCAAGCUCCUAUGGAGAAGAUGGAGCAGACGUUCAGAAUUUGAUCCUUCUUCAGCUCAUUUCACCUGUAUGGAUUUAUGAUGUUAAAUAAGAUUAUAUGAGAUCAAACAACUUUUAGUUGUUUAGUUCCUUAAUAAGCUAUGGUGUCAAUGGUAAACUUAGGCUCAGAUUUUAAGCUAUAUAUGUUUCAACUCUAAAACCCCUCUGAUGUAAAGAACAUUUAUAUUAGAGAUAUAACUCAUAACUACCCUUGUCAUAAGCUAUAAUGCUGGAUUUGUUGACUUCACAUUCACUCAUAAUAUGAGAAGAUCCAACCAUUAUACACUUUAGUCUAUUACCUACUUUUACUAUUCACAAUAGCAGUAUGUAAAGUUAAAACAUUUUAUGAAGAUCUACCCUCACAACCAUACCCCAAAUCUUUACUGUUUGCCCAUACUAGUAAACACAGAUUGGCCCCCAACUUCAUGUGCCCUGCUCAUCAACACUGGGAACAUUGCUGCAUCUGCAGAGACCAAGACCAACCUUUUCAUCAUCUGUCUACCACCAAACAUGGUUGUUUGUUAAAAAUGACUAACUCCAGAAAAGUAAGGUUUUGACCAGGUUUUUUUUGGGAGAUAUCUCUAAAACUUUAGAGUUUUCAGUUUUUUACUAGAACAUAACCAAAUGCCUUGAUUACCUAGCCUAAUAGCCAGUUGUUAUUGUCAGUGGUAAUAAUCGGGUACAACACACAACCAACAGAGUCCAUGCAAAGCAUUGAAUGUCUUGUUCAACAGAUCACCUCAGCAUGCAUCAUAUAAAAUAAUUAUUUCAUAUUAUGAGGAUAUAUUUCCUUAUCUUUAUAUAA